AUGGGCGAUUGUGUGGAGUCCACCGAUGCCGGCGCGGUGAUCGACUGGGUGGAAAGUGGAGCGGACGUGGUUCUAGGCCCGGCUUGCUCAGCAUCUGCUACAAUAUCUGGCACUGUAGCUAAAUACUACGAUUUACCAAUUGUGAUAUGGGCUGCAAUGUUUUCGUCGGAAUUGUUAAAUAAUGACGAGUAUCCGACAGUGAUGGCGUCUACGUGGAGUUCUCUCAACCAAGCAAGAACUCUCACGAGGCUCUUCGAAAGAUAUCAAUGGCAAGAGAUAGCGGUUGUUUACUACUCAGUAAGAAGUGAUCUCGUACCGCGAUGUUCACUUAUAAUUUCUGACUUAGAGGGCCUUAUUAAUGACAACCAAAACAUGACAAUCACAUACCGUCGUCAGUUGCAGAACUUCACCAAUGACACUUUCAAGAAUGUGCUUAAAUCACUUAAGGAAGUCUCGCGAAUAACCGUGGUAUGCUUGGAGUCAGUCGAAGCUCGAAGAAAUCUGUUCAUUGCUAUUGCAGAAGAAGACAUGGACACAGACGAGUAUGUAUGGCUAUUGCUAGAAACGCGGAGACUGGGUUUUAAUCAAGGAUGGAAGAGCACCAGCGCCACACCGGACGGCAAAGACAAUAUCGCGUUAAAAGCAGCUAGGAAGUUUUUUGUGAUCGACGGCCAGCCGCUCAAUGCUUCUGCUGAUUUCGCUGCUGAUGUUAAAGCAAAGAUGCUGAAGCCGCCUUAUAAUUGCUCGGAUUGUACCACCAUCGAUCCGAGUGUAUCUCAAGCGGGAGAGUUAGCUGAUGCGUUGUUGCUAUAUGCAAUCACUUUGAACAAAUCGAUUGCUGCUGGUGUUUUAAAUCCCACAGGAUCCGAACUGGUGCAGUUCGCGAAAGGAAGCUUUGAAGGUUUCUCCGGUACUGUAAUUAUUAACGAAAACUCCACGAGAGAUCCUGUAUUUCUUAUUUACGGAUUGGACUCAUCUGAUCAACAAAUAGUUUUAAUGAAGGUUAUGGAGCAGUUAAACAACAAUAGCGUGGGAGUGAUCCAAGAUAUGCAACCGCAAAGUGUGAUUUGGGCUAUGCAUGGUGGAUCACCACCUUUGAAUCAGCCGCAAUGUGAUUACGACGGGAGUGCUUGUCCUCCAUCAUUUGUUGAACAGUACCUCGUUAUCACUAUCGUGGCAGUUAUAGUGCCAACCGCCAUUAUUAUAGCAGCUGUCCUCUUCAUAAUAAGAUUCCGAAGAAAAGAAGAACAGCGGCUGAACUCUUUGUGGCAAAUACCUUUUAUCACACUUACAAAGCCUAACGUCAAGAGCACAGUGCAAAGCUCUCGAUCUCUUCAGAGCACAAUAACUACGAGCACCAAGUUGACGAUCGACUCCAAAAAGGACACCCUACGGCAUGCUUUUUAUUUCCUUGGUGACGAUUCUGUGGUCUGCCGAAAACAUGUGGGCAGGGUUAUGUUAAGGAAGGCUGACUGCACAUUGCUGAGAAAGAUGAGGACCGUCGAUCACGACAAUCUCUGUAAGUUUUUCGGCCUCUCUAUGGACGGGCCGCAGAUGUUGUCGGUAUGGCGAUACUGCGCUAGGGGAUCUUUAAAGGAUGUCAUUGCUAAAGGUUCGCUGCAAAUGGAUUGGUUUUUCAAAUACUCAUUGAUACGCGACUUAUGUGAGGGCAUUUUUCAUCUCCAUCACUCUGUUGGAGCACAUGGAUGGAUAAGUUCUGGAGCAUGUCUGGUCGACGAAAGAUGGCAGGUGAAAAUCACUUUUUACGGCUUGGACGCGAUCAAAACAAUCGAAAUGAGAGAGCAGCAAGAUAAUCUUUGGAUAGCUCCUGAGCACAUACGAGACCCUUUACUGCUUCCCACAAAGGAAGGGGAUAUCUAUAGUUUCGCUAUUGUGUGUUCGGAGAUCAUCACCAAAAAGUCGGCUUGGGAUCUUGAAAAUCAAGAUUAUGACUUAGAUGAACUGGUGUAUAAAAUAAAGCGCGGAGGACGUUCUCCAAUAAGACCUUUACUCGAGACCGAAGACGAGCAUAACUCGAGCCUUUCUUUGUUGAUUAAGGAUUGCUGGAGUGAGGAAGUUGGUAUGCGACCGUCGUGCGACCAAGUGAAGUCGCUUGUCAAAAGCAUGAAUCAAAACAAGUCAGUUGCAACUUUUUUAUACACAACGGCUAUCAUAUCAUCAAAUCUAAUGGACCAUGUUUUUAAUGUACUCGAGCAGUACGCUUCCAAUCUGGAAGAUGAGGUGCAAGCCCGCAUGAAAGAGCUGACGGAGGAAAAAAAGAAGAGCGACAUUUUGCUUUAUCGGAUGUUACCAAGACAGGUGGCAGAACGACUGAAGUUGGGUCAGCCGGUCGAACCGGAGACAUUUGAUUGUGUGACUCUGUUUUUCUCCGAUGUCGUGUCCUUCACAACACUAGCCAGUCGUUGUACUCCCCUCCAGGUAGUGAAUCUUCUCAACGACCUUUACACUCUUUUCGAUGCAAUAAUAGAUGAGCAUGACGUCUACAAGGUGGAAACGAUAGGAGAUGGUUAUCUCUGCGUGUCUGGUCUACCUCAUCGAAAUGGCAACGAACAUGCAAAAGAAGUUGCCGAGAUGUCGUUUGAAUUGCUUAGAGCUAUUAGAAGUUUCCGAAUUCCUCAUCUACCCAGCGAAAAAAUCAAUAUACGCGUCGGAUUACACACAGGUCCAGUUGUGACUGGUGUGGUAGGAAUAACCAUGCCACGAUACUGCCUUUUCGGUGACGCAGUAAAUACGGCAAGUCGAAUGGAAAGUAAUGGAAAGCCCGGACGUGUGCACAUCUCAACCGACACGAUGAAGUUUUUAACGGAAGUAAUUGGAGGCUAUAAAACAGAACCGAGAGGAGAAGUUAUAGUGAAAGGAAAGGGAGCGCUAGAAACGCAUUGGCUUCUCACUCCUGAAGAACAAGAGCAAACAUUUACAGAAUAG